UAACCAUGGUUAAAUUUGACUAACCCGAUAUAGAAUCACCCAAAUUUCGGAAAAGGUCAAACCCUUUUAAAGUAUUUACAAUUCAUGCCAUUGGGUCAGCUUUUGCUAUAAAUUCGGUUGCUGAGACUCGCUAGGUUUGCCGAACCAACCUCCCUCCGGGACCUUCUAAAGAGCAAAAAUCUCUCAGUAGCCUCCUUCCUUCUUCUCAGAAGACUUCUUCUAAAUCUCUCUUUUGACUUUUAAAAUAUGCAAAGAAAAACAAUGGUGACAACAUCCUCUCGUACCAAAUCAAACGGCCAUGUGCUCCGUUCUCAAUCGCCGUCGGGUCGAUUCUGCGGCGAUUACUCCAAAUCCACCCCAUCGUCGUCUUCCUCUACCUUCGCUUCGUCUACGAGCUCCAGCUUCUCGUCUCCGUCCUCAUCCUUCUUCAGCAACCACCACCGAUCCGCGUCUCCGACUCGCGUGAACCUAUACAACCCUCAGCCGAUUGCUCAGUCCUUUCGUUACUCUCUCGACAGCAGAUCCAUCUCCCCUACCAACAGAUCCAUCUCCGUUACGAAGAAGCCUCAGCCUAGCAGCCACCACCACCACCACAAGAUCUCCUCUUCCCCGAGGAGGUGUAUGUGCUCUCCGACGACUCAUCCCGGAUCUUUCCGAUGCAGUCUUCACAAAAACGUUGCGAAUCCGCACGGUCAAGGCGCGUCGUCGUCGGCGUAUCCGACGAACAGUUUGAAUAUGCGGAGAUCCGCGAUGACGAAUUCGCUGGUGAGAAUCGGUGGGGUUGAAGGAGAGUGGGUGAGGAGAGCCUUGACGACUCUGAUAAGGCCUUCGUCGCAUCAUCUGAGACGAAGGGCUGCUUAUCAGCCUCGUCCCAGUAGGCUAUCGAUCAUGUCGAAAGCCACCGAAUGUAAUUGAUUUUGAUUUCAGGUUUCAGGUUUGCUUUCUCUUUUUGAAAACCACAGGCGUUAGAUCUGGAGAAGGAAGACUCUAAUCUAUAGCCGGUGGCGACUGUGGAUGAGAAUCUCAACCUUGGAAUCGAGUUUUGUAAAACGAAGAUGAUCUUAUAAUUUUUUUGUUUGUUGUUGGGUGAAGAAAGAUGUAUAUAUUUACUCUAAAAAAAAAGAAGAAAUGUCGGACUCGAGAAAUUGAACCUAGCUAGAAUCAAAUCUAUGUGAACUGAUCUGAAUCAAAAUGUUCAAUUCUGUUUUUUUUUUUACUUAUUCAUGAAACAAGUGAGAUUUAGUCUCAUAUCCAUUGUAUUUGUAUGCAGUGUUUGUCAGAUUCCCGUUUAUACGUUUCCCGUGAAGUCGACGUUCGUUGACCGUCCCGUUCACCGUUGUGCGUUCCGUUGAUUUUCGAGGUAUGCGUUGUUCGUCGUGUGAGGUAUGGUAUGUUCUUUUAUUUAUUUCGUUUUUUCUUGUUUUUUUUUUUUUCUUUUUUGGGUGUGGUUUUUUUUUUUUUGCCUUUUUCUCCUAUUUUGCAGGUUGCGUUUGGUAAUGGAGUUUGAACUACUUUAGUACCCGGUUACAUGGAAUUGAAAGAUGAACAAAAAAUAACCAGCAGAAGUGACAUAGAAAAAUGGUUUCGAAAUGGUCUUUCUGGAUGAACAUUGAUGACAAUAUUUCACAUAAGGACUGGAGGAAAAAACGAGAAAGUAUAUUUUGGAUAGAUGAUGACUGACCAAUUAGAAAACGACCGAACAUGAAAAUUAGCAGAGGAUUUGCUGGAAAAUAAAUUUGAAUAAUCGGAAAUUGGGAAUCAUUACAUUCA